AUUUAAAGAAGGUGGGGGGCGAGCGAAGGGGUUGGAAGCUAGUAUUCCCUACCCCUGCUCUAUCCAGCUCUUUCCAGUGCAGCCACUGCUGCCGCCCAGGAGCCUGCCUCCCUUCUCCCCUUCCUCAUCCCCUCUCAUCUUUCCCGCUCCAACGCCAUGGAGCCGGACACGGCCACAGAGGCAGCCACCGUGGCAGCCUCGGAUGCCAGAGCCACAAUCGUGGUCAUAGAGGAUGAGCAGCCCGGGCCGUCCACCUUUAAGGAGGAGGGAGCCGCUGCCGCGGCCACCGAAGCCACCUUGGCCACUGAGAAGGGCGAGAAGAAGAAGGAGAAAAGCACUUCUCCAUUGCAAUUAAAACUUGCUGCUAACGCUUCCAAAUCUGAAAAGGAAAUGGACCCAGAGUAUGAAGAGAAAAUGGUAAAUAUACCCUUGAAAGCAGACCGAGCAAAGAGAUUUGAGUUUUUACUGAAGCAGACAGAACUUUUUGCACAUUUUAUUCAACCUUCAGCACAGAAGUCUCCAACAUCUCCUCUCACCAUGAAAGUGGGGCGUCCUCGAGUAAAGAAAGAAGACAAGCAGAGUGUGAUUUCUGUUGGAGACUAUCGCCACAGGCGCACAGAACAAGAAGAAGAUGAAGAGCUGCUGUCAGAGAGUAGGAAAACAUCUAAUGUGUGUGUUAGAUUUGAGGUUUCACCGUCCUAUGUGAAAGGAGGACCCCUGAGAGAUUAUCAGAUUCGAGGACUAAACUGGCUGAUCUCUUUGUAUGAAAAUGGAGUCAAUGGUAUUUUGGCUGAUGAAAUGGGUCUUGGGAAGACUUUACAAACCAUCGCUUUGCUUGGUUACCUGAAGCACUACAGAAACAUUCCUGGACCCCACAUGGUUUUAGUUCCAAAGUCUACAUUACACAACUGGAUGAAUGAAUUUAAACGAUGGGUUCCGUCUCUUCGUGUUAUUUGUUUUGUUGGAGACAAAGAUGUAAGAGCUGCUUUUAUUCGUGAUGAAAUGAUGCCAGGAGAGUGGGAUGUCUGUGUGACUUCUUAUGAGAUGGUAAUUAAAGAAAAAUCUGUCUUUAAAAAGUUUCAUUGGAGAUACUUAGUCAUUGAUGAAGCACACAGAAUAAAAAAUGAAAAAUCUAAGCUUUCAGAGAUUGUUCGUGAGUUCAAGUCCACUAAUCGCUUACUUCUAACUGGGACACCUUUGCAGAAUAACCUGCAUGAACUCUGGGCUUUACUUAACUUUUUAUUGCCGGAUGUCUUUAAUUCUGCAGAUGACUUUGAUUCUUGGUUUGACACUAAAAAUUGCCUUGGUGAUCAAAAACUUGUGGAAAGACUCCAUGCAGUUUUAAAACCAUUUUUGUUACGCCGCAUAAAAACUGAUGUAGAGAAGAGUCUGCCUCCUAAAAAGGAAAUAAAGAUUUAUUUGGGACUGAGUAAAAUGCAACGAGAAUGGUAUACAAAAAUUCUGAUGAAAGAUAUUGAUGUUUUAAACUCUGCUGGCAAGAUGGACAAGAUGCGACUCUUAAAUAUUCUGAUGCAGCUCCGAAAGUGUUGUAAUCAUCCUUAUCUAUUUGAUGGUGCAGAGCCUGGCCCACCUUAUACAACAGAUGAACACAUUGUCAGCAAUAGUGGUAAAAUGGUAGCUCUGGAUAAGCUAUUGGCGAGAAUUAAAGAACAGGGGUCAAGAGUUCUCAUUUUUAGCCAGAUGACUCGUCUGCUAGACAUUUUGGAGGAUUAUUGUAUGUGGCGUGGUUAUGAGUAUUGUCGACUGGAUGGACAAACCCCACAUGAAGAAAGAGAGGAUAAGUUCCUGGAAGUGGAAUUACUGGGUCAAAGGGGAGCGAUAGAGGCCUUCAAUGCUCCUAAUAGCAGCAAAUUCAUCUUUAUGCUGAGUACCAGGGCUGGAGGUCUUGGAAUUAACUUGGCAAGUGCUGAUGUGGUUAUCCUAUAUGAUUCAGACUGGAAUCCACAAGUUGAUCUACAAGCUAUGGAUCGGGCACAUCGCAUUGGUCAGAAGAAGCCAGUACGAGUCUUCCGUCUCAUUACUGACAACACAGUGGAAGAGAGGAUUGUAGAGAGAGCUGAGAUAAAACUGAGACUUGAUUCAAUUGUUAUACAGCAAGGAAGACUCAUUGACCAACAAUCUAACAAGCUGGCAAAAGAGGAAAUGCUGCAAAUGAUACGCCAUGGAGCCACCCAUGUUUUUGCCUGUAAAGAAAGUGAGCUAACAGAUGAAGAUAUUACAACUAUUCUGGAAAGAGGGGAAAAGAAGACUGCAGAGAUGAAUGAACGCAUGCAGAAAAUGGGAGAACCGUCUCUAAGAACUUUUAGAAUGGACCUUGAACAAAGUUUGUACAAGUUUGAAGGAGAAGAUUAUAGAGAAAAACAGAAGCUUGGUGUGGUGGAAUGGAUUGAACCUCCUAAACGAGAGCGCAAAGCCAACUAUGCAGUGGAUGCCUACUUUAGAGAGGCUUUGCGUGUCAGCGAGCCAAAGAUCCCAAAGGCUCCUCGGCCUCCAAAACAGCCAAAUGUUCAGGAUUUUCAGUUUUUUCCACCACGUUUAUUUGAGCUCCUGGAAAAAGAAAUUCUUUAUUAUCGGAAGACUAUAGGUUAUAAGGUCCCAAGGAAUCCUGAGAUCCCUAAUCCAGCUAUAGCUCAAAGAGAAGAGCAAAAAAAGAUCGAUGGAGCCGAACCUCUUACACCACAAGAGACUGAAGAAAAGGAUAAACUUCUUACCCAAGGUUUCACAAACUGGACUAAGCGAGAUUUUAACCAGUUUAUUAAAGCGAAUGAGAAAUAUGGGAGAGAUGACAUUGAUAAUAUAGCUCGAGAGGUAGAGGGCAAAUCCCCCGAGGAGGUCAUGGAGUAUUCAGCUGUGUUUUGGGAACGCUGCAAUGAAUUACAGGACAUCGAGAAAAUUAUGGCUCAAAUUGAACGUGGAGAAGCAAGAAUUCAGCGAAGGAUCAGUAUUAAGAAAGCACUGGAUGCCAAAAUUGCAAGAUACAAGGCUCCAUUUCAUCAGUUGCGUAUUCAGUAUGGAACCAGUAAAGGAAAGAACUAUACUGAGGAAGAAGACAGAUUCUUGAUCUGUAUGUUACACAAAAUGGGCUUUGACAGAGAAAAUGUGUAUGAAGAAUUAAGACAGUGUGUACGGAAUGCUCCCCAGUUUAGAUUUGACUGGUUUAUUAAGUCUAGAACUGCCAUGGAAUUCCAGAGACGCUGUAACACUUUGAUUUCAUUGAUUGAAAAAGAAAAUAUGGAAAUUGAGGAAAGAGAGAGAGCAGAAAAGAAGAAACGGGCAACUAAAACUCCAAUGGUAAAAUUUUCAGCAUUUUCCUAACUUUUAGAGAUAUUAAACGGGCACAGAAGAUUUAAAAAUCCCAGGAAAGAAAUAACAUUUCAAACAAGAGACCUAGCAUUACUGGAUCAUAUCCCUAGAGCUGGCUGCCAUGUUGCAGAAAGAAAAAAAGAUAGACAGUUAAUCACAUCAGCUGCUUGACGGCCAGAGGAAGAGGAACAGAAUGUCGUAUAUUUCUUUGGAAUUUUAUAAGAGCAUAAUGACUCCACACUCUACUCUCUAGCAACAGAAUUCUAACUGAUGACACUGACUUCUGACCCAACUUGAUCCUUUGUUUGGAAAUUGUGCAACAGGGAAAGGGGGUAAAGAAACAGGGUCUCUGAGGAGUCUCCUUCACUCAAUCUGUAUUCAAUCUGUAUUGAAGACAAGGGGUAAUUAGGUCUCCCAAUAACAGCAAGGAUUCUGUGGAAUCGCUUGUAAAGUAUCCAUCUUAAUCCUAUGUCUUAAUUUCCUUACACUCAAAGGAUGGUGCUAUGUCAUCACCCUCUUAUUGUCACUAUUUGUAUCUCCUUGGUGCACAAUCUGAUUAUACAAUUUUUCUAUGAAAAGUGUUCACAAAAUUUUAUCCUUUGAGACCCUCUGUGUAAGACAGUUUAUUGAGUGGUAUAUUUGUGGCUACAUUGCUUGCUAUGAUAUAUGUUUUGAUUUAAAAAGCCUCUAUUCAACUGGUGGAAUUACCCACUAUGACCAAAAUAAAAUGCCAUUUCCCCAA